AUCUAUUUUUCUUGGCCUUCCAAAAUCGUCAUAGACAGUACCUAAUUCGUUCCCCUCCUCCCUCAAUACUACUUAUCUACAUACACUACUCUACACUCCGUACUCCGUAUGUGCCUUGCCCCGACAGUCAUAGGCGUCAUGUCCGGGAUCUUCUCCUUACUUCCGGAUAUACUUCCGAUGAUAAUGCCGUCCAAGGUGCAAAUAACAAAAGCAACCGAUCUCGAGGCUCAAAGAGAUGGAAAAGAUGCGCCGAUGAUUCGACAAGGUGCUGUAAUUGGCAAAAGUGAUAGAAUGUGCGCUACUGUCCUAAUAGCCAAACCCCAUUGUUCUUCAGCAGUACAUCAUCACGGCGAACAAGAAACAAUCAUUUAUGCUGCCUCAGGCAGAGGAAGAUUAGUAACGAGCUCAGACUCCGACGAAGAGCCCAAGAGACAUGAACUCUCGCCGGGCGACUUUGCAUUCAUACCGCCAUGGACGGAACAUCAAGAAAUCAAUGAAACAGAUGAAAAUGUUGUCUGGAUUCUCAUCCGGAGUGGUCCGGAACCUGUUGUAGUUUAUUUGACGGGUUGGGGAGGCGAUACAGCAAAAUCUGAUUCAAUUGAUUGACACUUAUGCCAAUUCUCAGCACAUGCAAUAAAUCUAGAUGGUUAGGACCAAGUACCGGAAAGGAGACCGUA